AUGUCGCACUUCGCAUCUGUGGUGGAAGGUGGCAGAGCUACAGACCUGGAGACAUCUGCAGUGGAAGGUGGCAGAGCUACAGACCUGGAGACAUCUGCAGUGGAAGGUUGCAGGGCUACAGACCUGGAGACAUCUGCAGUGGAAGGUGGCAGAGCUACAGACCUGGAGACAUCUGCAGUGGAAGGUUGCAGAGCUACAGACCUGGAGACAUCUGCAGUGGAAGGUGGCAGAGCUACAGACCUGGAGACAUCUGCAGUGGAAGGUGGCAGAGCUACAGACCUGGAGACAUCUGCAGUGGAAGGUGGCAGAGCUAGACCUGGAGACAUCUGCAGUGGAAGGUGGCAGAGCUACAGACCUGGAGACAUCUGCAGUGGAAGGUUGCAGAGCUACAGACCUGGAGACAUCUGCAGUGGAAGCCCCACCCCCAAACCCACUCCCAGCCCCACCCCCAAACCCACUCUCAGCCCCACCCCCAAACCCCACUCUCAACCCCACCCCCAAAACCCAAACCCGCUUCCAGCCCCACCCCCAAACCCACUCCCAAAACCCACUCCCAGCCCCACCCCCAAACCCACUCUCAGCCCCACCCUCAAACCCACUCCUAAACCCACUCCAAGCCCCACCCCCACCCCCAAACCCACUCCCAGCCCCACUCUCAGCCCCACCCCCACCCCCAAACCCACUCCUAAACCCACUCCAAGCCCCACCCCCAAACCCACUCCCAAAACCCACUCCCACCCCACCCCCACCCCCAAACCCACUCCCAGCCCCACUCUCAGCCCCACCCCCACCCCCAAACCCACUCCUAAACCCACUCCAAGCCCCACCCCCAAACCCACUCCCAAACCCACUCCCAGCCCCACCCCCAAACCCACUCUCAGCCCCACCCCCAAACCCACACCCAAACCCACUCCCACCCCCAAACCCACUCCCAGCCCCACCCCCAACCCCACACCCAAACCCGCUCCCAAACCCACCUCAAAAUGA